AGGUUGGCUUCUUCCUGCUCAGACAGCAUGACCCAAAAGCUUCCGAGGUGGUCUACUUCAAUGGCAAAGCCGCACGGGACUUUCGCCUGGAAUGGCAAUCAGUCGAGGAGGAUCAAAAGCGUCCAGGGCAGAAGAGAAGCAAGGAAGAAAACAGAAAGAACGCCCUUCAGAGGUUAGCUGAGCUGAAAAAGAAGAGAAGAUAUCGGGAUUUGGAGGAGAUACAAGAAAUUCUGGUCUCAGUGUCUGUGCCACAGCUUUUGGAGGCUCUGGAGACUGGACGACUGCCAGGUGACGUUGACCUUCACAGUGUCGAGGCAUGGAUUCUAGGCAACGGUGCCAACUUUGCGCAUGACCGUGCCAGUGACCAGAAGCUCUUGGCAAAGGCAAGAAAUUGACAUGCAAAAUGGUAGCUUGUAAGCUAGGCGUUUGGAGGUAGAGGAUCAAGAGCUUGGCGCUUUGCCGCCCAACUUGUCACAAAGACACCUGCCAACUCGUUUGGUUUGCUUUGUUAGUAGCAAGGACGCUAUUAGGUGGAGGCCAUCGCAAGUAGGUUGGAGGCCAUCGCUAGGAGCAAGAAGCUACUAGUAGCUGGAAGCUACUAGGUUGGAGGCCAGCUACUAGGGGCUCCUGGCAUCGCUACUAGGAACAAGAAGCUACUAGGAACAAGUGCAUCGCUUCUAGUAACAAGUGCCUUACUACUAGUAACAAGAAGCUACUAGGGGUUCCUGGCCUUACUACUAGGAGCAAAGGACGCUGCUAGGGGCUCCUGGCAUCGCUACUAGGAACAAG